AUGGUGAACGUCGAAAAUAGUAUAAAAAGAUCUCCACAGAAAAGAAGAUUAUUCAAAACAGCAGAGACAAUAUUCUCUGAAACUAUCAAAAGCAACUCAAAAACAGAGAAACCAAUCUGUCCUAAGCCAAGAGGAUAUGCUUUAACUAAAUCUGAGCCGUGUCUUAGACCAUGCCUUUCAGUGACUGGGAAACCUGAAUUAUCUUCACGUGAUGAGGAUGCAGAGUGUAAAGCAGCCUUUAGUGCUGAGUUUGAAGCAAACGGAAGUGUAAAUGUAGAUCCUUUAAGAUACAAAGUUAAUCAUGAUCAAACAAAAAAAUCCCAAGAUACUCCUGUUUGGAAUGAUAAUGGGAUACACAGUUUCAGAGGCUCAAGUACACCUAUAAGCAAUGCAGCAAUAGAAACACUAGGCUUUGUUGAUACCAAAAACGUUUUAAGAGGUUUAGAACCAUUAAACAUAGAAUUACCCAUGUUAGAUCAGCUAGCUAAAGAUAAACUUAAACCGGAAUUCAAAAGCUCAAACUCAGUCAUUGCAAACCCUAAACUCACAAAUGUAAAUAACACCAAUGAGAAAGAAAAAUAUAAAGAAGAAACUACUAAGAGCUUAGCCACAACGGUAGCUUACAAAGCUAUAGGCAAUGAAACCACAAAACUGAAUGAAAAUCAAAAUCUAAGCUGA